UCUCUGCUCUGUUUACGCACUGCUUUCCUAGGUGAGAGAAUCAUCCGACUCAUCGCAGCAUCCGAUAAGGAGACGUAUGAGAAGCCACGCAGUAGUAACCCCUGGCAGUGUCAAAACCGGAGCUUGUGGUUUAACAUUUAGCAUGCGAUCGGAUUCUCCCUCCAUAUAGACAUCAAAACAUUAUUAGACCGAAUGAAUUUUAACACCGAAUUGUUGUAAAACCUGUUUGGGUGACAAAGUGAUGCGGAGUUUCCUGGAUCAGUUAUACAAAGUGUGCGAUCAGUCAUCAGUCAAAGUUUGGUGAUAGUGGAUGAUUCUUCCGGAUUCCGGAAAACUGAACGAUUGUAUCCCUUGGGUGAAUUAUUAGAAGGGAAGAAAUUAUGAAAAUUCAAACUUGAGGUGGAAGAAUCAGACGUGUAUUGUGAUCGUCACCUCCCUUCGCAGUGCUUCCUCGCAAAAGUGUACAGUGUUCCGUCCCAGAGAGACCCUCUGCUAGUAGAGUCAUCUUCACCAUGUUGACGGUACGAAUAAACGUAGCCAACCGUUCGUCGCGAUCAUCUCCCACGUUCAGUUUGCUGAUGCGAACGUGCGUCUGCUUGCUGGUACUGAUCGGUCCUCUAGCACACAGUCCGGUAGAGGGUCAAUAUCUGCAGUCACCGUGUCCGAACGUGUUUUCAUACCGACUCGACCCAGGCACCAACCAGGCGUUCGGCUACGUCGAGCUGCAGGGUCUACGCAUCGGUCAGUUGGUCAAGCUGAACAUCGAUCUUUCAAUUGGUAUCGCCGUACCGCAGAACAACGUUGGAUCGAUCACGCUAAUUAAAUCGAGAGAGCAAACGUUUCGCGACAUCUACAACAACCAACCGGCACAGUAUCGCGUUAAUUUCCCGUUCAAAAAUGUCAUCCCAAGUGUGUUGGCAAUUAGCGUGAACGGUCAAACGAUCUGUACCGGUCAGAAAGCGACCGGACAGGUAGUGACCACGAUAAACUUGGAGCAUACACUCUUCACACAGAUGCAACCCCUUUCGAACGGAAAUGGUAACAACUUCAACACCAUACAGUACCAACCGCCACAGAAUACGGCCCCACAAGCUCCCGUAUAUCAACCGGUGCAGAUACCUCAGCCGGUGGCAGCACAAAGACCUCAGGUGGUACAAACGCAACGACCACAGGUGAUACAAACACAGCCACCACAGGUGAUACAAACGCAGCGGCCAGUGCAACGUCCAGAAGUGGACACCAGCUCAAAUGCCGACGAAUCAAACAUUGGAUGUGGACAACCGGCAGCAGUUUUUAAUCGUCUGUCGAUCAACGGAAUCCGAUCGCCAAAAGGGCAGUUCCCAUGGGCGGCACCAAUCUUCGAUAACGGCGCACCAACCAAACCUAGGUACAUCUGCGGCAGUACAAUCAUUUCAACGCAGCACCUAGUGACUGCAGCUCACUGCAUGUACGAUUCGCUCGGUGUCCCACGAAAGGCGGAAGAUGUAAUAACCGUGCCUGGCAUGUACAACAUCGACAACUUCUUCGAUGCGGAUCUGCAGGAGCGUAAGGUAUCGACCAUCUUUAUCCACGAUGAUUACUACUUCGAGGAUUCAGGAUUGGUGGAUUCCGACAUUGCGGUGAUAAAGGUCGACCAGCCCAUUGUCUAUAGCAGCCUAGUGCGACCGAUCUGUGGGUGGAGCGAAAUUGACAACCUGGAACAGAUCGUCGGCGUCAAAGGCUUCGUGUCGGGCUGGGGUGUCACGGAGAAUGGAGAUGCGAAGUACCCUAGCUAUGUCACCGCUACGAUCGUCAGCCGACCUGCAUGCUCCCGCAAUCUAGAAAAACUUAUUGCCGGCUCGGCACGUUUGUUCUGCGGGGAUGGACACGGAUCGGUACCGUGCACCGGCGAUUCUGGCAGUGGGCUUGUGAUCAAACGUGGCCAAAAGUACUACCUGCGCGGAAUCGUAUCCAUCGGCCAGUAUGACCCUAAUACACUUACUUGCGCACGUGACAAAUACGUAGUCUACACGGAUAUAGCACCAUUCCGUUACUGGUUGUCGAAAAUUUUAAAAUCUUAGGCGAUAAAGCUGUGUCCUGUAGCCUGCGCAUGCUCCAAGCUUGCAACUAAUUCUGUGAAAGUCCUGACACUCGUACAUACCCAAACAUCGCGUACAACUGAUUCUGAAAUUACGCUCCCUAGAGCAUAAAGUUUAUUACUGGAUCUUGGAUUAAGGUAAAAACUAGAUGCCUCAUGCCCACCCGAGGUCGAUGUGCUGCUCGCAGGGUUACUCGGCCAGUGGACAAUCGAUACGAAGUGUAAAGAUAAGAACGCGAAAGAUAUGCGUUUGUUCUAAUAAGUCGAAUACACUGAUGCGUAAUAAUUGUUUACAAUAAUUUUAUAAUAGUGUAACGUAGUGUCAUGAGUGUAGGUAAGUAACUGCGAACACUCUUUGUUUCGUGGUUAUUACAGAUUUGUUACAAAACUGUCUCGUGCCUAUCGCAAGAAACAAGAACAAAUCAAUCGUGAUUUUAUGACUAGAGCCGAGUUGAUGAGUGUACAUCUGUACAAAAAGAUUGAGAACCAAAGUCGUUAAAAUAUUUACAAUAAG